AUGCCUCUGCUCCAUUUUUUCGAUGGCAGAGUUCACCCUCUCCACCUGCACCGAAGGAGCCUGACUGGCUCGUUCGAUAGCUCGGUCAGCUCGGAGUCUUUAAGAUCCCCAUAUCGACAAGUCAUUUCGGAGCAGGAGAAGAAGAAGAAGAAGAAGAAGAAGAAUAAGGAGAAAGAGGAGAAAGAGGAGCGGAAGAAAAACAAGAACAAGAAGAAUACGAAUAAGAAGAACAAGAAUAAGAAGAAGGAGGAAUAUGAGAAGGGGAAGGAAUUGAAGAAGGAAAAGGAAAAAGGAGAAGAAGAACAAGAACGAGAGGGAGAGGGACAGGGACAGGGAGAGAGGGACAGGGACAGGGAGAGAGAGAGGGAGGGACAGGGACAGAGAUAG